AUGCCCCCACAGUUCACCCUGAGCGCGGCGCGCAGGCGCCUGGCGGCCAACGCGCGCGAGCGGCGCCGCAUGCAAGGGCUGAACACGGCGUUCGACCGGCUGCGCAGGGUGGUGCCGCAGUGGGGCCAGGACAAGAAGCUGUCCAAGUACGAGACGCUGCAGAUGGCGCUCAGCUACAUCGUGGCGCUCACGCGCAUCCUGGCCGAGGCCGAACGGGACUGGGUCGGGCUGCGCUGCGAGCAGCGGGGUCGAGACCACCCCUACCUCCCGUUCCCGGGUGCCAGGCUGCAGGCGGAGUCCGAGCCCUAUGGCCAGAGGCUCUUCGGCUUCCAGCCUGAGCCCUUCCCCAUGGCCAGCUAAGCUGCAGGGUUUUUAGAGUGGCCUAUGAGUCUUAGGGAGAGAAAUUAGUCACCUUUAAGGUUAAUGCCCUUCGCCUUUCAGACCCGUGGAUGAAAUAAUUUCAUUGCCCUCCUUCCUCCGCUUUUCUUGCGUUUUGUAGAUUUCGUGAAUAGACCUUGUGAAUGACUUGGGGCUGCUGUGAAAAUAAUGCCCUACCGCUUUUAGUUUAAGACAUGGGGCUGGAGUCUAGCUGAGUUGGUCGAGUGCUUGCCUAGCAUGCACCAAGCUGUGGGUUCGAGCCCAGCACCUAACGGGCAGAAAGAGGUUGGUAAUCACGCCGGUAAUCCUAGCAGAGAGAGGGCGCUGAUCACACCUGUAAUCCUAGCAUUAUUCGGGAGGGGGAGGGAAUAUAUAUGGGGCCCUGUGUCAAGGGGAAAACAAUCCUUUAUUGAUUGGAAUUGGGUUGCAUUAGGCUGGUACUGAGUCAUGGGACAAAUAAAUGGCUUCUUAAGCUCUGCAAGUUUGUUCUGAUCGGGUGCAGUUAUGUUGGGUGUCUCGUGUAUGUUCAGAGCAGCUACCUUGUCGUGUAAAUGCAUUUAUGCUCCGUGUAUUGUGUGUGCAUGUGGUAGGUGGAGCCAGGCUUUUAUUUUUCAGGGGGGA